AUGCCUGAACUUCUCUGUCGUACGGAAAAAGUCGAACAUGUGAGAAACUUCAAAACCGAGGUCCGUGGGCUGAUGGACGUGGACCAUUUGAUCCAGAGAGGCAUUAUUCAUAGAAAUAUGGAUCAUUCUCAUAUCCACACUAUACUGUUGACAUUGUUCUCCGAACUCUCAUCCCAGUUUCCCAGAGAGAGAUUUGACUUGGCCCUUUUCAAAAACGCCGUUUUCUCGGUGUCAGAUCGUGAUGCGCGUGCUCCACGCCUUCAUCAAAAGCUCCAAAGCUACUCUGGGACCGACUUUUUCGAUGUGAAUCAAACCUGGAUUGUCACACAGUUAGUCAUACUGUCUUUCUCUCUUUUCCUCAUAAACCGUUUUAGCGCCCAGUUGGAUGGUUUGAAGCAGAGUCAUAUGGCUCUCGCCACUCUUGAAAAUGCCACCAAUCUCGGUUUGGAGAUGGAAGAGGCGCGCAUCGUAGUGCUUAUUCUUUCACCGAGCUACGAGAAGCACACCAAGUCAGCUGCGGAAAUUGCUAGAACCUUCGGUACCCUUUUGAUGAAUGACUCCCUCCGCCAAUCUAUGACAGAUGCGGCCGACGAUGAUCAGAUUCGUGACUUGCUGACCGACAGUGCCAAAAGUCUCUCUCAACAAAUGACCAUUCAAAUCAAUGGAGUUCCAAUCCCAGAUGACGAUGAUGAUUAUGAAAAAGAUGGCAAGAAAUCGACCUGCUGCCCCUACUACCCCUUCCGUGGCAUCGUGAAAGACUUCCGACGUCGUUGGGCAAAUUAUAAAUCGGAUUACGUAGAUGGCAUCAAGGAUCGUCGAUCAGUCUCGAAAGUGAUUUCCUCGGCCGUCUUCCUGAUUUUUACUAUACUACCGACAACAAUCGCAUAUGGAAUGUUGAACGAAAACAAUACAAAAGGAAUGAUCAAUGUACAAAAAGUUAUACUUGGACAAUGGAUUGGAAGUUUGUUCUUUGGAAUCUUCGGAGGCCAACAGCUCCUAAUCAUCUCGACUUCUGCACCUUUAAGUAUCUAUAUCUCUGUAAUUUAUCAAGUCUGCCAAACUAACAACUGGGAUUUCUUUCAAAUGUACGCCACCGUUGGCAUUUAUGCAAUGGGCUUUCUGAUUUUGUCUGCUGUAUUCCAAUUGGCAUCUCUUAUGAAGUUCACAACUAGAUCCACUGAAGAGAUCUUCUCGGUCUUUAUUGCUCUUGCACUCUUCAUCAAAGCUAUUGUCGCAAUCGUCCAUGUAUACACUCACGGAUACCUCGGAUGUAUUAAUGGAGGGCCAGAGGCAAUCUGUGAUCCUGCCGAGCCACUUCUAUUCAUGUUCUUGUUGUUUGGAACUACAUGGCUAUCGAUGACGAUCAUCUCCUUCAGAAGCUCUCCAUAUCUUUCCAGAUGGAAGCGCGACCUGGUAUCUGACUAUGCUCUCCCGAUCGCCGUCCUUGUUUUUGCAUUCAUUUCGUUCUUUGGUUUCAGCGACGUCAGAAAACACCAAUUCAAAAUUUUCCCCCGUGAAACCGAUGCUUAUUUCAUCCCAUUCUACAAUCUCCCUGCCGCUGCUCAACUUCCAGCCCUCGGACUUUCCCUUCCACUCGCUAUUCUCUUUUUUAUGGAUCAACUUCUGGUUACCAACACUGUUGACAAUAAAGACAACAAGCUGAAAAAAGGAUCCGCCCAUCAUUGGGACCUCUUUGUGGUUGGAAUUUUGAACAUUGGCCUUUCGAUGUUUGGAAUACCUUGGAUGCACGGAGCACUUCCCCAGUCGUACCUUCAUAUGAAGGCCCUUUCAAAUGUUGAGGAUCGUCUACACAACGGAUACAUUCAAACGGUAAUCGUCCACGUCCGUGAAACUCGUUUGGCUACCUUGAUUGCUCAUCUGGUCAUGAUCCCAAUUUAUUUUUUCCUUGUUCCAUACAUCACUGUAUUCAUCCCAACUUCAAUUUUCAAUGGCGUCUUUCUCUUUAUGGCGUUCAGCAGCUUGACUGGAAACGAGUUCUGGGAGCGUAUCCUUCUGAUCUUUACUGAGCAGCGUGCCUACCCACCGACUCAUUACAUCCGACGCGUUCCACAAAGAGUCAUUCAUCAAUUCACAAUGAUUGAAUUUAUCCAACUUGUUGUGCUGGUGGCUAUCGGAUUUGCUCAAUACCACUAUGUCGAAAUGGUCUUCCCUAUAGUGAUUGCAGCGUUUAUUCCUUUCAGACACUUCAUCUUGCCCCUGUUCAUCCGAAAACAGUACUUGGAAGCCAUCGAUGGUAAGCACUAG